AUGUUUUAUAUUACACCACCUUCAACGGCCCAAGAACCGUUCCGUUUUCAAAAUGGCGCUGAAGCUUGGGGGACUUUGCAUUGUCGCGGACAGGACUUGAGUCAUACUGAGCCUGUUGUAUGUUUUCUCCGUUUUUUAUGGCAUUUUUUGGUGGUUUCCGACCUUAUUUUAGUUCGCUACCAUGUAUGAAUUGGACUAUACUGGACCAGUUCGGAAGAUAAGAAGAAGGGUGGGAAAUGACGGACGAUUUCAUUUGCAGCUUGUGGAUAACAAAACCGGAGCUAUGGUCAAAAUGUACGUUGAUUUUUUGGCGUUUUUGUAGAGUUUGGACCUUAUUUUAGGUUAAAAUUUGUGAUUUUUUUUGAUUUUAGAUUUCAUUUUGUAGCUGAAUCUAGCGUUUUAGAGUGCGCUUGUGGCUUUGACAACACUUGUUUUACCUUGUACUUUGUGAAAAUUCGAGUUUUAGGAGAAAAAAUAUUCAUCGUAUAAAAUGUCACCCUUCCAAAAUUUGAUUUCCAGAUUCCAUCGAUGUAACAAAGACCCGAAAGACAAGUCAUGCAAGGUGUUUCAGUGGUAUUUACCUAAGAAAUUAAUCCCUCCAGGCAGUGAGAAGUUUAUGCAAGGCUUCGGAACUCAAGAUCUUGUUGAUUUUAAAAAUUACGAUGGAGAAGAUGGAUGUAAUGUGUAA